AUGUCCUCGAAGACCGACUUUACGAAGGAGUCUCUGCUCCCCUCGACGGCCGUCGAGCCCGCUCCGGUGCAGAAGAGGACGUACGAUGCGCAGGAGCAGUGCCCUCAGGUAAUCCCCGUCACACCGGACACCAACGCGAAGGUCUGGGCCGAGCUCGGUGAAACGUAUGGCUCCAAUGCGUUUAAGCUGCGCGCGGUGGAAUGGCUUGGAGAUGCUGCCGUCGGCGAAGAUCCUCGCUGGGACGCAUUUGGUCCAUUCCACGACUACCUAGCGAAGGCAUUCCCGCUCACCCAUUCGACUCUUUCUCUCGCCAAAGUGAACACUUACGGUUUGGUGUAUGAGUGGAAGGGCUCCGACGCUUCCCUGAAACCUCUUCUUCUUGCCGCUCACCAAGAUGUCGUUCCCGUCAACCCGGACACUGUGAAUGAAUGGAUCCAUCCUCCGUUCUCCGGUUACUUCGAUGGUGAACGCAUCUGGGGUCGCGGCAGCUCUGACGACAAGAGCGGGCUAAUCGGUAUCAUGUCUACUAUCGAAUCCCUUCUUGAGAAACAGUUCCAGCCCACUCGUGGCGUUGUACUCACUUUCGGAUUCGACGAAGAGGCGAGUGGCAUCUACGGCGCCUCAUCAUUGGCGAAGUAUCUUCUCUCCACCUACGGCGAGAAUGCCUUCUUCAUGCUCGUCGACGAGGGCGGUGGCUUCGCUCAAGAGUACGGCGGUGUUGUGGCUACCCCCGCUGUCGCUGAAAAAGGAUACAUUGACGUUCGUGUUGAAGUCACCUCGCCUGGCGGGCAUUCAAGCGUGCCUCCUUCGCACACUACUAUUGGCAUCCUCUCCCAACUUCUCGUUCAUUACGAGGAAAACCCCUACGAACCCCGUCUUCACCGUGGCACUCCCAUGUACUGGAAGUCUCAGUGCCUUGCGGCUCAUAUCCCUGACAUGCCUCACAAGCUGCGCAAGGCUCUGAAGAAGGCCGUCAAGUCGGACAAGGCGCUCAAGGAGGCCGGGGAUAUACUUAUCCAGACCAAGCAGCUUCGUGCGCUCAUUGGCACCACCCAAGCGAUCGACCUGAUCAACGGCGGAGUGAAGACGAACGCCCUCCCUGAACAAGCCUGGGCAGUGGUCAAUCACCGCAUUGCUACGGACAGCUCCGUUGACGAAGUGAAGGCGCAUGACACAAAACUCUUGAAGUCUUUGGCGCACAAGUUCAACCUGACCUACACCGCGUUCGGGUCUCAGGUCACCGAAGAAGGAAGCCCGGCGUAUGGAACGCUUACCAUCACCGAUGCUUGGGGCGUGGCGCUCGAACCUGCCCCCAUCAGCCCUAUCGACGCUCCGGAGUACGCUUUACUGUCAGGUACUAUCAAGGCCGCGUACAACGCCCACCGUAACCUCCAAGGCGACAAUGAAAUUGUCGUCGCUCCAGGAAUCAUGUCCGGCAACACGGACACUCGGUACUACUGGGCGCUGACGCCGCACAUCUACCGCUACAACCAUCAUAACUCCGGAAACACUACGUCGCUCAGUAACGGCGUCCACACCGUCAAUGAAUUCCUGGAGGCGGAUGCCUUCCUGGAGCAGAUCAGGUUCUUUACGACCUUGAUUCUCAAUGCGGACGAGUACUCGGCGUGA